AGCAUUCGUCGGGUUUACGACAACCAUGUUGCUCAGUUGCCCAAUGCCCCUGCCCAGACUACCUUCAAUCGUUGGAACGCAAUCGGAUGCAAGUUCAUAUCGCUUGCCGCUGGUGGAUCUAUCUAUGUCUUGGUUCUGAUCGCAGGCCUCGACAUGCGAUGGAAAAUCGCAACACUGGGAGGUCAUGUUCCAUGGGAAGUUGGAAAGAUGCUGCGACAGCCGGAAACAUGCAAAACACCUACAUUGAUUAUUGAGCGCAUAAUCCCUGCAAUUGCUUGGAUCAGAUCUCAUCUGCCUCUGUCCCUUGAAAAAGUGUUCUGCCCUUCGCUCCUGGCCAGCGUUGGGUUAGAUGAGACCCUAGAUUGUACCAACCUAUGGUUCACCGACAAAGUUUUGGACGCUUUCAAGCAAAACAAUUAUGUUCUUCCUCCUCAACAUACCGACUCCUGGAUCGCCUGCACUACUGCAGUAGUGCAGGUGAUGAUUGUUAUCAGAGGUGAUGGUAACAUUAGCAUGGAUCAUAGGCUCAACCCCGGUUACUCAUAUUACACCAUACGUUCUGUGGAUCAAGCCCUUCGCGGGAUACCAGGUGUUACUGUCAUCCGGACGACCUUUGACCGUGAUCAUCUUGACAACCGCAAGUUCUCUGCUGAGACCGAUCGACAGGAGAACAUCUUUUGGACCAAACAGGAGCGAGCAAGGGCAGAAGCUGGCAAAGUCAUCCGAGAUCUUGAUGAUUUGUGUGAUAAGUUAGACCAAAGAUAUGCUAAUGGCAGCAGCGAGGAGACAGACACAUAUUUGCACAUUCCUAUGGAUGUGUUCAAAGGACAACAGUCUAAUGGCCUUCAGUCCUGUCCAACCCUACCCGAAUCCAUCCGCAGUAACCUCCUCAGUUCAUUCCUUGCAUGCUUUGACGGAAACGAGGUCUUGCGUAAGGUGGCAGAGAAGGUUCUUGAAAGUCCAUUUCAUUGCCUACACUUUUCUAUUUGGAAUCGCUACGUUACAAAGGGUGAUCAAGCUCCUACUGAUAUUCAUCCUCACUAUAUGAGCAGAGAGGAUGUUAGUAGGACAAACUACGCCCAAACUUUACCCUACCAGUCAAGAGAUAUCCUGGAGCACCAACAACUAUACGAAAAUAUUCUCCUGGCGUUUGGUGAGGUUUUGAAUGGAUUGAUGAAGCAGAUCAAGGAAUGCUUGCCCACAGAGUAUGAGGUCCUGGUUGAACUUGCUCAAGAUCUACCAGGCAGUGAAGUAUCACCUGUGACACCGUUUCUCUCACUUGUCGUCAACCUCAAUGUUUCUACCCUCGGUCAU